GCAGCUGUAUAUCAAGGAGUACCACCUCCGCAAGGCGCUGUCCCAGUUCCAGGCGCUGUUGAACGGCGGAGGGGGGACCAUGGCAAAGAACUACCUGGCGAGGAUGGGGGAGGAUGGCGCGGCCUUCCUUCGGAUUCCUGCACGGGGCCUUCCUGCCUAUACCUCCCUGCACCGGCUGCUCAGGAAGAUGCUGACCCAGGCCGGCCUCCCGGCUGUGAGCAAGACAAACCCAGUAGCCAAGGACUCCUGCGAGGCCACGCUUCUCUGUCUGGCCACGGAGUUGGCGCACUCGGGCACUGACUGCUCCUGGCUGGCCCAGGGCCUCGGCGAUCAGACCUGCUCCCCCAGGCUUCCCCCGUCAGACCAUCCCGUCACCGUGGAGGUGGAGGGAGACAACCCAGGCGACGAUGAGGCCUGGGUGAGCACGGGGCUCUACCUCCUGGAAGGGCAAAGUGCGGAGGUCUCCCUGCCGGAAGCUGCUGCCUCUGCCGGCCUGAAGGUACAGAUUGGCUGCCACACUGAUGUCCUGAGCGACGCCAGCCAACUGUGUCGGGCCCCCGUGGUCACGCACCGGUGCUGCAUGGACAGGGCCCAGCGGUCAGUCUCCUGUCUCUGGGGUGGCCUCCUGUAUAUCAUCGUGCCCAAACACUGCCAACUUGGCCCAGUGCCCGUGACCAUCAGGGGGGCUGUGCCUGCCCCCUACUAUAAGCUGGGUAAGACUUCCCGGGAGCAAUGGAGGCGGAGUGUCCAGGAGAAUGCGGCCCCUUGGGGUGAGCUGGCCACAGACAACAUCAUCCUGACAGUGCCAACGACGGAUCUCCAGGCCCUGGAGGACCCCGAGCCUCUGCUCCAGCUCUGGGAUCGGAUGAUGUGGGCCAUAGCCAGGCUGGCGGCCCAGCCUUUCCCAUUCCGCAGACCCGAGAGGAUUGUUGCCGACGUGCAGAUCUCCGCUGGUGGGUACCGAGGGGAGCGUGCCCAGCCAGUACGCACGGUUUAG